UUGUUGUGUUCAGGUGUGGAUGAAAAGACACAAUAAUAUUUUGUCCUUUUACCGUUGUUCAGAAAGUAAAAUAUUUAAAAAAAUAUUAAUAAAUUUGCGAUCCUAAAUCAAUAGCAAAUGAAAUUAUUCGCUUCAACAGAUGAAUAAUUAAAACAGUAUUUUGGAAAAAGAACAAUAAAGAGUUUAAAAACAGCUGGAGAUUAAUAAUUAUGGAUGUUAAAAAUAUGUUACUAUUUGCAUUCCUCUUGCAUUUUGUAGCUAUCAUUUCUGCGCAAAAAUAUUACGGUACACACAUAAGUCGAUUAUCAGAGUUGCAUCAUGGUGUAUCUGGAGAUGUAUAUGCAGUAGAUUCAAGAACUUUAUUUAUUAAAGAUUUCACAUAUGAUGGGGAAGGUCCAGCAGCUUACUUUUACGUAGGAACAUCUCGUGCACCAAGUGCUCAAGGUGCUAUUAGAAUACGUGAUGAAAGAGGAAGUAAUGAGGUCUUGAGACCGUACCGUCACAAGGACAUAACAUUAACACUUCCUGAAGGAAAAACACUUCGAGAUAUAAAAUGGUUUUCUGUAUGGUGCGAUGAAUUCUCUGUUGAUUUUGGAAGUGUUGUUAUUCCAAAAAACUUAGAUUUUCCACGACCGCGCAAAAUUGGAGGACUACGGGGUAUACAUGCUGUAUCGUCUGACAGCAUUGUGAUUGUUGAUGCACAAACUUUAUUGAUACCUAAUUUUAAUUACGAUGGGGUAGCUCCAGAUGCAAAAUUUUGGGUUGGCCGCGGUGAAAAGCCAACACCAAACGGUAUUAGAAUAUCAGAUGAAAAUGGUAAGGAAUCACCAUUAAGGCGAUAUGAUAGAAAAACAAUAGUUUUGACUCUUCCUGGCGAUCUAUCCGUUUUUGAUAUUGGUCACUUUGGCGUAUGGUGUGAGGCUUUCACUGUCGAUUUUGGGCAUGUUCGUAUUCCAGAGAAGGUUAAUGUACCACCAUCAUUGAAAAUGUUAGGCAUUAGUCCACAGUCAAAACUAAACUGUGAAGUGCUCCAUGAUGAACUGGCGUUUGAAGUGCGUUGGGCUGUUGCUGGCGAAAGUGUUGUGAUUCAAUUGGUGGCAAAACUUGAUGACAAUGAAUACAUGUCAUUUGGCGUAUCUUCCGAUACAGAAAACAGUUUGAUGGUUCGUGGAGAUGUUGUUGUUUCUUGGGUUAAUCGCUUAACAGGUAAAGGCUAUGCUCAAGAUUACUUCUUAGAAUCCAAAUCUCAAUGUUCUGGAAACCAUGGAUCUUGUCCUGAUACCCGUUUAAAAGACAAUGCAAACUCGAUUCGAUUGUUGAAUGCCGCUAUUGUUAAUGAUUAUUCUAUAGUAACAUAUCAACGUCCAUUAAGAGCUGCAGAUCAAUUUGAUAGUCCAAUUUAUACGAAUGGUUCACAAGCAAUUAUUUGGGCAAUUGGACCUUUAAAUCAACGCUUCGAAGUUUCAUAUCAUACACACUUUCUUAAGAAAAAUAAGUUCCUUGAUUUUGGUCGACAACCAUUUUGGAAUUGUCCGAUCCCUGAGAAUGAUGGAAAACCUAUAUUGCCACAUCAUGAAGAUAUUAAAGAAAAUAACCGUUCACCACCUCAGAAACUUCAACAAAAUAAACCGCCAACACCAAAACCAGUUCCAAAAGUCGAUGCUUGGGAUAUUCCUCCAAUUCAAUGCUAUGAGCCUGAAGAUGGAGUUUUUUAUGCUCAAAUGGGACCAACAGGAGGAAGACGAGGUUAUCCAGCAAUUACAGGUCAUGUUGGAUGGGGAAUAUCUUGGUACAUAAAUGGUCUUUUAAUUCCUGAAAUUAAUGUAGUCCGAGGAAAAACUUACACUUUCAUUGUCGAAGGUGGGAACGAAGUAGAUAUUGCUGCAAAAUAUCAUCCGUUUUACAUAACUGAUGACCCUGUUGGGGGGUAUGAGCACAAAACAGAAGACGAGAAAAAAAAAGUGAAAGUCUUCUCAGGUGUUCAACAGUCGCGUAAUGGCAAAGUUAUACCUACUGGCGUUGGAAGAAUUUGUAACUGGACACCUGAUAUUAAAGGUCCACCAGCUGAUGAUUAUCCAAGUUUUGGAGCAUAUCAAAGAAGUCUCACACUUAAGUGUGAUUCGGGAGAACCUGGAAUAAUUACAUGGACUCCAGAUCAAAACACUCCUGAUACGGUUUAUUACCAAUGCUUCACUCAUCGCUAUCUUGGUUGGAAAAUAAAUGUUCUUGAUUCCUGUGAUAUUCAGCCUCAGGCGAGUGACCGUCAUGAAACGUAUGACGAUAUUGCAGCAGAACCUUCUAUAAAGCAUGAAACAAAAUUGAAUCCAAGUGAUAACUUUCUUACUCAUGAUGUUAGAAAUAGCAUAAAAAAACAGAUUUUGAAUCCAAUACCAUCAAAAGUGACCGAAGAAUUAAAGAAAUCGGGAGAGCUAGAAAAACUAAUUAAUGAAGGAAUUUUAGCUGCUGAAACUUUUGAAGAAAAGCUUUUAAAGGAGCAAAGUCAAAAUUUAACCCAUAUCAAUUCAUCAAUAUCACAAUCUAAUCAUGAAAUUCUUGAAAACAAGAAGACUUUAGAAAUGACCUCAAAAAUUCCAAUUAUGAAUCACACACAAAACCUUCGCUUCCCACUUCCUAAAAGAAUUUACUCUUCGAAUGGAUUUCCUGUUUUUCUAAAACCACAACAAAAUAUAAAUAUAAUUGCUAAUAGGCCAGUGAGACUUCCAUCGGGUCGGCCAAUCUCCAUUAAACAAAGACCUCAUAUUCACAACAGAAAGCCAAUAACACCAUAUCUUACGCCACAGCAAUCAAUUAUGGUAAAUCAUUAUAGAAAGCCUUCAUAUGAUUUUAAUCAACAGCCUCUAAUUAGAAACAACCACGUGAGAAAUAAAGUGCCAGCAUUACCAAAAGUGCCUGUUUUACUUUUGGGCGAACCGACUGAAAUUAAUUCAUAUAGGAAAGUUCCUGCUACAGAUUUGGAAAAAAACUUUUACGGAACACCAGAGACAUUAUCAAUGUCUGUUCAUAAAUUAAAAAAAAAUCAACAACAAUCGAAAAAGAAUGUUAAACAUUCAACAACAAGAUCGCCCUUUAAAGACCCAUUUAAUAUUAAGGCUGAAAUUCAACCUGUACAUGAAGUUCCAAAUACUGGUUUUAAAGCAGAUUCAGUAAUCGUAGAAAGUGGAUUUCGACCAAUUUUGAAUAGACAAGAUGUUGUGAGACUAGAAGAAUCAUCUGAAGAAAAUGGUCGAAAUGUAAGAUCAAAAAUAAGUAUAUCUAGACGAAUUGAUGACUUUGUAAGCGAGGACGAAGAUUUAGUUGAUGCGCCGAAAAGUGUGUACUUUGAGCCAAUAUUUAUUCCAUCACCUCGUGAUAGUGUCGCCGCACCUUUCACAAAUUCAAGUGAUGAGCAAACUGAUCAUAUGACUGCUGACGCCAGUGAAAGACAAGACAUAUUUUAUCUUCCUCCAAGUGAAACAAAAAGAUCGGCAGCAAUAUAUGACGCAAAAGCUAUUUUAGACACAUCAUUACUGAAUGAUCCCCUCCCAUCAAAAAAUGAUUUUGUGAAGUUAUCUUCAAAGACAAAACAAUUCAUUAAAGAUACUCCACAGUUUUUACCAUUUACGGGAGAGAUACCUUCUGAUCUUAUGAAACAACUUUCGACUAAUAAGAAUAAACCAGUUAGUACUCAUGUUAUUUCAACAAAGCUUUCGGCAGUGACAAAUAAUAACCGACGUUAACGUUCAUUAUAAAUCGACGUUCAUUAGAAACAGAAAUUAUGUUUUUUUUUCAGAAACACCUUUAUUCAUUUAAUAAAAAACAAACUUCCUUUUUGAAAAUUUUCUUUAAGGUUUUCAUUAGUAUUACUAUGUAUGUUGAUUAUAAGUUUCUUAAGGAAGAUUUUAAUAAAGAAAAAGAAUGUAAAAUGUUACUACUUAAA